AUGGGCUGUUUCCCUAAGAUUCGGGUUCCACGCCGUCUCCUUCGCCUCUUCAAGAAGAAGAAGGACAACCGCGGUCGUGAUGAUGUUGAGCUGGGACAUAUCUCCCACCCUUUCGACGUCUACCGUAUUGACAGCAAGGGCAACCGCGUUGCCCUUCCACAGCAUUUACCUGUCCCUGUCGAUCUCUAUGGUCAGGUGGUCCCCCACACUGACGCUUCUGCCGCCGCUGCUACCCCUGUCGUUGGAACUGGCCUUACCUAUCGCGGUAUCCCCGUCCCAGAUGGCUCUGCCGUCACCGAUGGCUCUGCGAGUGAUGACAGUGUUGCCGUUGACCCCAAGGCCAAGACUGGUGCCCAUGCCAAGAAGGACGCUGGUGGCGCCGUUGCUGGUCCUGCUCCCAAGGACAUCUAG